AUCUCUUCAACAUGCAGCUGCUGAAUUGUGCUUGAUGCAAUGGAGGUGGUGAUUCAGCUGAAGGAAGGUGCAAAUUUGGCUGCGCAUAGCCAGGAUGAUAUUCUGAGAGCGGUCCAGGAUGAAUAUUUCAAUCGCUAUCUCUUCCAGUUGGGCGUGGCUCCCACUGCGGCCAAUAAGGCGCAGAUGAUGAAAUUCAAACCCUUGGACGACUGCGAAGUCCAUGGUGUCUGGGCGGAUGAUACCUCCGGUUUCGCCUCGGCUCUUCGAAUCGCGCCCCCUUUGCGACAUCGAGGAGUAGGUGCCGAUGAUGGUGACAGUCGAGCGCUUGACAAAGGGAUUAUCAGCCACCUCUAUGGGGAAGCGGAUGAUAUCCCCGUGCAGCCGCCCAACGUCCCCGGGCGGACCAUUUUUCCGGUGGACAUGGAGAAAAUGUUUCCAGAUGAAGAGAGGAUCAAGGCCCCCGAGUUGCUUGCAGAAGUGCGGCGCUUGACGGCGGAGGCUUUGGAACGACAGAAGCGGCGCGCCAAUCCUGCUGGUAGCAAUGUGCCGGGAGCCAACCUGGACAGCGACCAACGGCUGCGCUUCCGCCAGGAGUUGGAGAUGCUCAAGAGCAAAUACAUUCUGCCUUUUGCCUGCGAGCGGCCCCUGCAGGAGGGCAGCAAGAGAACCCAGUUGGUCCCUUGGGAGCCCGAAGGACCCUUGGAUAUGCAGCUUCAGGGAGAUGCUGCGGAACAGGUCGCAGAGCCGCUCGCGGUGGAGAUCGAGCAGAUCCAGGUUCAGAUCAAAGCCUGGGUCCAAAACCAGUUGCCCUUGGAGCUCUUAAGCUUUCGCGGACGACAGGAGCCACAGCAGCUGCUUUACCUGCGAGAGACUCUAUGGGAGCAUGAGGUGUGUCAGCUGAUUGGCUUGUUGGCUCACCUCUUGUAUUGGUUGGCCUUCGGAUGCUGUCGUCAAGCAGAGCUUCCCCGUCUCAGCCAGCACGCGUUGCAGGGCCUGGUGGCUGCGUCCCACGAGAUUUGGGUACGAUUGGAGCGGAAACACAAGAACACCAAAUUAGGUAUCAGCCUGGCUAUGCCAUGCCUUCUUCUCACGCUGAAGUACGGAAUCGAAGUCUGCUUCGAGUCGCAGUAUCCCAGCCUCUUCGGUGAAAAAACCGGAGAGUGGUGCAUGAGACAAGCACUCAUCGAGCGGAUCAACAGUUUACUGAUGCGACUCUUCGAUCCGGACUGCACUCUGGCACGCUUCGGCCGAUUGGAUGCCACAGACAAUCCCUUCAAUCUUUACAAAAAGCUGGAUUUGUUGGCCUCUGCCAGCAGUCCGAACCGCACACGCCUCAAACAGCUCCAGGGCCGGGCGAAUCGCGCAACUCCUUUGGUGAGAGCAGCCUUACAGGCUGGGCAGGAAGGCCGCGGUGGCAUUGGAACGGAACAUCCGAAAACCCGCAACUUGCUGGGCAACUCCGAGCUCGGCGGUUGUGCUCCCCUGGGCAGUGUAGUGACGCCUCCGACGGAUGAUCGCUACAGGGACAAGCUGCUGAAAGCAGCCCACACCAGGGUUGGUGUGCCUGAGAAGUUGCCGGUGCUCCGAGAAGCUGCGGCCUUUCGAAGAGGCCCUCCAUCCUGCGGGUCUCAGUCGGCUCGUUAAGCGACCGAAAAAAGGGACCCCGAGAGGCCGAUCUUGCGGCGAAAA